AUGUCCACCGGAAAGCUCUUCACCUGCAUCAUCCCUGACAAGCCCGGCACUCUUGAGCAACGUCUCAAGGUCCGUGACCAGCACAUUUCCAACGCCAAGGACCUCAACUCCAAGGGCCUUCUUGUGGCCGGUGGCGGUUACGCUGACAAGCAUCCUGAUGAGGGUGAGUCCUUCAACUUUAAGGGAUCUAUCAUUACUUUCCGUGCUGCCAGCCAGGAGGACGUUCAGAAACUUUUGGACACUGAUAUUUACACCACCACUGGUGUCUGGGAUUUACCUAACGCUAAGAUCUACCCCGCCAUUGAGGCGAUUCGCAAGGAUUAA